AUGAUCGUAAAAGUAGGGAAUGGAACAUCCGUUCGCUUUUGGCAUGAUAGUUGGUGUGAAGCCGGGAUACUUAAGAGGAUCUUCCCAAGACUAUACGCAAUAUCAUUACAAAAAAACUCCUUCAUAAGCCAGAUGCGAAAUUGGAACGAGGAAUCUUGGGCUUGGGACUUCGAAUGGCGCAGAACCCUGUACGAAUGGAAAAAUGACGAAGUUUCCACACUUAAACAUCAUAUCGAACAGAAAUGCCCAAAUAGGGAAAUGGUGGAUGGUGUGUAUUGGAAACAUUCUGAUAAUGUGCGAUACCCUGUAAAGAGCAUCGUUGAAAAAAUGAAUGAAUCUUAUGCUCCCAUUCUCCCCAAACCCAUCAUCAACAUUGUAUGGCAGAAUUUCUUACCCCCAAGAGCACAAAUGGCGGUAUGGAUGGCAAAUCUGGAAAGACUAAAAACUGGGGAGUAUCUAGUGAGAAUGGGGAUUAUUGACCCACAUCAAGCCGCUUGCCCAUUCUGUAACCUAGAAACAGAAUCUAACAAUCACACUCUAUUUACAUGCAGAUUCUCAUGGUGUUCUUGGAUAAAAAUGCUAGAAUGGUGGAAAAUCUCUGGCGCCCUCCAUAAUCAGUGUAGUAUAUUCAGCAUUCAGUGGUUUGGGCUGGUAAAAAAUCGAAAAUGUCACAAAAUAUGGGGCAUGAUCCUAGGAUGUGUAAUAUGGUCACUGUGGUAUGAAAGGAAUAAAAUAAAAUUCGACAGGGGAUCUCCAAAUCUUCACAAUUUUGUUUUCUCGCUAAAGAUCAGAAUAGGAAUAUGGGCAAAGGAAAUGAUGGGUCUUUCUGAAUUGUCACCCAAUGAUGUGCCAUAUAAUAUAGACUCGAUCUUGAGUGUCGCGAUAUGUUUUGGAUCAGGCAUAGCCCACUCAUACGCUGUUAUGGGUGGCCUGUACCAUGGUCCCCUCCUUCCAAUGGCUUUUUCCCCUAAUGGGGUUUUUUAUGCCGGUGGGAAAGGUGCGAUCUGGUUAUAG